GAUAAAAUAAGAAAAAUGCUGCCUAAUAAAGAAAAAAAGAAGCAAAUACAUUAUAAAAACAAUACAAAAUACGGAAUUCAGAGCUCUAAACAUUUUACCAAUACUAUGAAAAAUUCUUCAUCUAAAAAGCAGAAAAUGAUAGCAGAUACUAUUUUUGAAGAUAAAAUUAUAAAAACCUUAGGUAAAAAAUUACAUAUUAACAAAAAGGUAGGUAAAAAGAUGGCCUCAAGUAUUCCUAAGUCUUUUAAGGAUGAUGGAUUAGAUUAUUUAUUGGAAAUAUGUGACCAAAGUUAUUCAAAAACUGGCCAGGAUAUAUGUAAUCAACAAAAUGGUAAAAAAAAUUAUGAUAACAAAAGAUCUAAUACACCUGAUAUAUUAUCUCAGAGUGGGAAUGAUGAUGAAAAAUAUUUAGCAAGCAAAAGAAAGAAAAUGCUUAAGCAUCAUGAUACUAAAACUAAUAAAGUUUUAAAAAACAAAACUCUAAAAGAAGACAUCUAUGGAAGAUUAGUUGAUCAAGAUGGAAAUAUUAUUAAUGAACAUCUUGAAUCAGACAUGGAAGUAGCUUUAGAUGAUAAUCUGAAUGAUGUAGCAGAUGAUUCAAAUAUGGUACUUAAGCAAAAACUUAAAGGCAUAUUUAAUAGGCUCUCGCAAUCCAACAUGCAUUACUGCAUGGAACAAUUGAGCCAGCUAUACGCUUCUAACAGUAGAUACAAUAUGAAUACUAAAAUUUUAGAAAUUUUGAAAAAUGUUUUGUUCGUAGAUGUAAAACACGAGCAGGCUAUAAUCAUCGAAAUGGCUUGUUUGAUCGUUUGUGUUUCGCGAAGGGUUGGAAUGGAAAUCGGAGCGUUUUUCUUGGAAAAUAUAACCCUGCUAUUCCACGAAAAACACGUUAAAUUUCUAUCAACCAUUCAGAAAAAUAAGGAACGAGUUAUUGGUGGUAAUGAUGAUGACGCUUUUGAUAUAAAUAUGGAAAAUAUACAAGAAACAAAAAUGGCUGGAGAAAAGUGUCAUCUAUUUAAUCUAUUGACCUUGCUUUGCCAUUUUUUUAAUUUUAAACUUAGCCUCUCUAAACUACCUUACGACAUCGUACUUCGAUGCGUGGAGAGUUUUAAAACACUCGACUUAGAAUUAUUGAUCCACAUCUUCAAGAUGUGCGGCCAGGGGUUGAGAAAACAAGAUCCCUCAAAGAUGAAACAUUGCAUUCAAUCUGUACAGACUAAGAUUAAUCAGAAAGAAAUUACUGAUGAAUUAACUAUGGAUUCCAGAGUUCAAUACAUGCUUUCCAUCCUUCUAGCUCUCAAAAAUAAUAAUUUCAAAAAAAUCCCGGAAUUUUCUCUCGAUCUCGUUCAACGUUAUUCGACUACGCUUAGAGGCUUACCAAACUCCAAUUCGGAAUCAUUCGUUCCAUUUGACCCCUCUUACCUGGAUUUAGUAGCACCUCAAGCUCCCGGAAAAUGGUUUAUCGUGGGUCAUUCAACUCUCACUGAUUCCUUACAACCCCCAAAAGAAAACAAUCAUUCACUUAUUAAUAAAAUGCGCCCUCUUGGAAAUGACAUGAUGGAUCAUAGCCAGAAUAUCAACUCAAACAAUGCCCACACCAAUGACAAUAAAAAUAAUAUUUUUGAUGCCAAUGACCCCUUAACGAUAUUAGCUACCCGCAUGCGCAUAAAUGGAAGCGAUCAAAAAUCUGCUUUUGCCGCUAUAAUGUCUUCGCGUGAUUUAAACGACGCAUAUGCCAAGGCAUACGCCCUCUGUACUCGUGGGGGAUUUGUGGGGAGCAGCAUGUCACGAAAAAGAAACACAAAUAUGGAGCGAGUCGUGGCCAGUAUAUCUUUGCACUGCUGUUUGGCCGAAAAAAGCUACAAUCCAUUUUAUUCAAUGCUAGUAAUUCGACUUUGCGCCGACAGUCGAGAUUUUCGCAGAAUGUGCGAAUUCGCCAUUUGGGACAAAAUAUCAACUUUAGAAACUCUGAAAUUACGUCAGAUUCAUAAUUUUAGUCUCUUUUCCUACGAUCUCCUAAUAAAUAACGCAAUCUCUUUGAUAUUUUUAAAGAAAUUCGAUUUUCUAAACCUAGCCUCUAAUUCUCGUACCUUCCUGCGCCUGCUUCUAUUCCAACUCUUGACCAUCGAUCACAUCAAUCAGCCUCACUCAGUUGUUGUAAAACUUUUUUCGGACCUCUGCACCUUCCCCAAAUAUAGAUAUGUUUAUGAGGCCUUGAGACUUUUUGUUCAUUUCUUAUUAGAUGGUGGCGAUGAAUCGAAGGAUGAUUGUCAACUUCCAAAAAUGUUUAGUGAAAAAUUGAAUGAUAAUCAAUUGAAAUCCAAAAAUUCUGAAAUCUCAAAAAUGUUUAGUGAAAAACAUUUGGAGCUAAUGAAGCGCCGGUGGGAUGAUAUAGAAGCGGUAACCGAACGCGUUUAGUAACCUUGACUUUUAGAGAAUUUAUGACAAUCAUGGUUCAUGGCUUUCAGCAGGCUACCUGGGUUAGCCACUAGACAUAUUAUGGACGGAAUUUAUUAACUUUGUAUAAUUUAUAUCUAUAUUUAUUAUUAAUUUGAUUAAUAAAAUAUAUU